AUGCUUCCAUCAAGGUAUGCCCCACAGGGGAUCUCAUACAACGAUAGUCGACGAACCAUCACUGUGGGAUCUAAACCUCGCCCCCCAGAAUACAUUCUUACCAGGCUCCAGCAGCGUAUCGAAGAAAAUGACUCCGAUAUGAUGGAUAUAGACUACUACGAGACCUACAUGAUCUCAGAUCUUCUACAAAAUCAAAGGGACCAGGAGCCAAGGGAGAGUACCGAUGCCAUGGAGCUAUAUGCUGCCAGUUUACAGAACGGUUAUCGACCUCCAACCACUAAGUCCACCAAGUCCACCAUGCAAUCCAUCCCUUCGACUCAGUCCAUCCUUAUCAUAGACACUAACUUCAUGCUAUCCAACCUUAAGAUGUUAGAUGAGAUCAAUAAAAGGCGAGACCAGUACAACUUCACGGUGGUGAUUCCCAUUGAGACGAUACGAGAGUUGGACGGGUUGAAACGAAGUGACAGAUUGGUUGAUUCUAAGACCAUAGGAGUUUUAGCUCGAUGGGCCAAUGAUUGGAUUUAUGCCCAAUUGGCGAAAGGUGCUAUCAGAGGUCAAGAUUAUAAGCAGAGGAUUGAUAAGAAUAGUACCCAGGACGACAGUAUCUUGGACUGCUGUCUUUGGUUCAAACAAAACACUGAGAGUUUGGUGAUCCUAUUCUCUAACGAUAAGAACCUUUGUGUUAAGGCAUUAUCUAAUGAGAUCUUGACGGUGAGCUACAAGGAGGGCAUGGAUGCAGAGCUUAUCUGUAGUACGAUCUAUGAAGAGAGUAUUCAUCGAAAUGGUGGUAAUUCAGGCGUGAAUGGCGGUGAUCAAGGCAUGAAUGGUGCCAGCGAUCCAGGAAUGAAUGGUGGUAACCCAGGUAUGAAUGGUGGUAAUCCAGCUAUGAACCAAAGUAUGAAUGUUGGUACGCCACAUCCCGCCAUGACUAACAGUACAAGCCACAUUGAGACGGUCGCUCCAGAGAUAAACAUGAGAGACCACCUCACCCGUCAACAAGCAGUUGACAUUGUAUAUAACGAAAUAUUCAUCCUCACCAAAUCAGUCAUCCACCACUGCAUGGAAGAAAGUUUCGGCGAGGACUUAGACAUCAUCAGAGGAUAUGACCCCGAUUCUAUCCGUGAUUUGCAAGAUUGUAAAGAAAUUCUCGUACGAUACUGGCAUACGGUGUUCAGACAAUUUGUAGGACGAAGAAAAGACCUUGAAACCUUGAGCAUAGACAUUCAUGACAUGGAGGAUGUGUUGGAUGGUUGGAAGUUCGUGUUAAAGACGUUGUAUCAGAUCUUGGACGACCGUCAAAGGGCAGCGUUGGUGGAGAUCUUUGAACGAUGGGAUGAGCUUAUCGUUUCUUGA